AUGGCUACGAAUACAUCCCCAUCAGCCGAAAUUCCAGCCACGGGCUCAUUUACCAUCUACUACUUUGCUACUGCCGCCCAAUUCACGGCCAAACACGCGGAGCGUCUCCCCGCACCACUUCCGUUGUCCCAGCUAUACCCAUUGCUGGAGGAGCGAUAUCCGGGACUCCGAGACAAAAUCCUCGGGAGCUGUGGGGUCAGUCUCCAGAACGAAUACGUUGAUAUCGAAGAGGACGGAGAAAGAAUCAUUCAAGCUGGAGAUGAAGUCGCAGUCAUCCCGCCCGUUAGCUCGGGGUAA